UCCCGUUACCAGUAGUAUACACGUAUACACUAUACAGAGGUCUGUGGUCGCGCCUCACCGACCAUACGUGUGCCACGCCGACGCGACUGUGUUGCGUCGUGGUUCGCCGCUAUCCAAGGAUCGGCAUAGCAUCGGUCCCGUGUUGUGUUGUGUGCGUGAAUCGCGCCCGACCCGGCAUUCGUUCGCCCGCUCGCUCGCGCGCGUUACUCCCGCAUUUACCCGUCGUUAAAUGCGGACUUUCUCACAUAAAACUCGCGAUCGCAAUUAUGGCGCAAUUACGGUACACCCGUAAUCUCUUCCUGCGCGGGAUCUGCAUCAUAUAUCUGUUCGCGUUCCUCAGCUUCUACGUGCAGAUACCAGGAUUGUACGGCGACAAUGGGCUCCUACCGGCUAGGACGCAGCUGGACCUUAAAGGACGCGCGACGCUGUUCAACAAGCUCAAGCAGAAGCCGACGUUUCUGUGGCUGGCGCCGUAUCUGGGCUUGAACGUCGAAUACAUGCUGGACGUGCUGGCCCUUCUCGGAGUUGUUUUCUCCUUCGCAGGGUUUAUCACGCAGAAGUUCUGCAUCGCACCAGUGUUCGUAGGGCUGUGGUCCCUGUAUUAUUCCUUAUACCAGAUCGGUCAAACAUUUAUGUUCUUCCAAUGGGACGUUCUGUUACUGGAGGCUGGAUUUCUAUGCGUAUUCAUCGCGCCGUUUUGGUAUCCUUAUCGCGGGAGGCAAAGCGACAGUGUAACCCUCUGGGCUGUGCGUUGGUUGCUCUUCCGUCUCAUGUUUGCCAGCGGAGUAGUGAAAUUCACUUCAGACUGUCCAGUUUGGUGGAAGUUGGAUGCUCUAAAUAUCCAUUUUGAAUCGCAAUGUAUACCAACUCCUCUGGCGUGGUACGCCCAUCAUUUGCCAACGUGGCUCCUUCGAUUGUCCACCGUUGGUACAAACGUCGCAGAGCUCGCUAUACCAUUUCUAUUUUUCUUCCCAAAUAGAAAAGUGAGGCUAAUAGCAUUUUAUUUACAGGUGCUUCUACAAGUUUGCAUUAUCGCGACUGGAAACUACAACUUCUUUAACUUCCUUACCAUUUGUCUGUGCAUAUCCUUGCUAGACGAUCAAUUCUUUUACAAACGAAAAUCCAAAAACGAUAAGUCCCGUGUCAAGAACUAUCUGUCUACGCUAAUAACUGUAUUGGUUUAUGGAGGAGUGAUAUACGGGACAUAUUUUUUUUACGGUCUCAAGAUAACGGACAACUGGACCAUUGAAUCUAAUAUCACAUUUACGCCAGAACAAUUUGAUUACGUUCUGUCUCGCGCAGUGCUAUUUUCUAUAUACAUCGGUCUAGCAUCUCUCGGAUUAACGCUAGUGGACUCAAUAGUUACUUCUGUAUAUUUCGCUAAAGCGACGUAUGAUAAAAUCAUGGCAUUAUUAAGGACGAUCUUGUACAUCACAGCUAUAGGCUGGAUCUUCGCUAUCAGUCUCGUACCACAUUCCACUUUGCAUCAAUCGCACAACUCGACGAUGCUUGUUCACCUGAAGCAGUUACAUGCGAGAGUGGAUCAUCUUCAUAUAGCGAAUAGCUAUGGACUAUUCCGUCGUAUGACGGGAGUCGAUGGUAGACCCGAAGUUGUGAUAGAGGGAAGCAAUAGCUUGGACGGGCCCUGGAAGGAAUAUGAAUUUUUAUAUAAACCAGGAAAUGUUAACAACUCACUACCAUUCGUUGCGCCCCAUCAACCUCGUCUCGAUUGGCAAAUGUGGUUCGCUGCUUUAGGUACAUAUCAUCAAAAUCCAUGGUUGAUGUCGCUAGCCUAUCGUUUAUUGAGCGGACAGCCCGAGGUAUUGGCGCUAAUGAAUACUGUCGAGAAUCCUUUCCGAGACAGACCGCCGAAAUAUGUUAGGGCUAGUCUUUAUUAUUAUCAUUAUACGCCAUGGAACCAAAAAUCGAGUACUCGUGCUUGGUGGACCAGAGAAAGAAUAGGAGAGUAUUUCCCGGUAUUCAGCCACAGUCAUCCUCCGCUUAUCGAAUAUCUGACAAAAAUGAAGAUUCUUCAGGAGAAGCCGGCUGUCAAGGUCGCAAACGAACCACUCAAAUUGAUUCUGGACAGCUUGAGGUCUUUGGUCAGUAAAGCAGAGCCGAGUCUAAUUUUAUGGGGCUUUUUUACGGCCGGUUGCACGGUAUUCAUAACAGGUUACAGCAGUUCGUCAAAAAAGAAAUAGUUAUCGGUAGCGAAAAUCAUAAAAACUUGAUAAGUUACAAAGCUACAAGGUAUUGAAUAUUAACAAAAUAUAAAAUCCAAGCUGUAAAAUAUGCAUACAUCAGCUGAGUAAAAAUUAAUUGCAUACAGUGUAACUUAGAGGCACAAAGUACUUUUUGCAUGUAAGAUAUACAUCUGCAUUUCUUCCUCCCAUCUGAUAGAUCUCUGUUAGACAAUAUUAACUAUUGUGUCAUGUAUAAUAACACAGUGACAUAUUAAAAGCAAAUCUACUAAGGUAACUCGUGACAGGAGAAAAAGGCAUUUUAUUUUACAUAAAUUAACAUUUGCUAGAGCAUUUAACGUGUCUGAUUAACGAAUACGUUCAAAGUCUAUGAUGUGUCCCAUUUACGCUUUUGAUAAUCUGCAUUUCGUUUUGUGCUCAUUCGUUACAAAAAUUGUGAUAUAAUUUGUAAUAUUCAAUACAUAUAUAUGUUGUAUGUAUGUGUAAAUUGGAUCUCUCGUUUCAUGCUAUUACUGCAUCGCUCAUUAGCGUUGGCUUUGCUGAUUUUAAGAAUGAUAUUAUUAAGUAUUUAUAAUGAAAGAAAUAAAAAUAUAUCCAUUAUCAUGAAAAUAAGAAACAGAAGAAGGGAAAAAGAGAGAUACUUCAGUACACAUGAAGCAUAUUUUCUUAUAUAACUCAUUGCUAUUGCAUUUUUUCUAACGUCUUUUACAAACAUUACAAGUUUCUCGAUAUUAUUUACACGGACUGUAAAUAGGUUUCGAUGAACGUAUAUUUGUUUAAAACUAUAUUUGUCAAUAGCCGUUCUUAUGGCCUUCCUAAACUCUGUAAAUGUAAUUUUAUAUCCUACUUACAAUUAUAGAUACAUGUAUUUGUAACAUGCGCAUGCAUUAUACAUAUAUAUAUAUAAACUUUCCAGAUCACUAUUGUUAAU